AUGGCAACGCACUUGCUAACCUUCUAUCUAAUAGCUAAAUCUGAUAGUGGCAUAAAAGCAGACCAGCAGCAAAUACUUUUGUGCUUGUUGAUCAAUUAUCACUUCACCGUCCAAUCUUCCCCUAAAGAUUGUGUAUCUUUUCAAUCAAGUACGAACCUCCCUUCUAUAAUACACUUCCACGUCCUCACACAACCCGCGAACAUGAUCCUCGACCCAGAAAUCCUCGAACGCCUCCGCGACUACCAGGCCCUUAACACCCAACCAACCACCACCUUCCCAACCUUCGAGAAGGCCUUGGUGGCCGAAAUCCACUUCCUUCACAUCCACCUUUCAUUAGCUUUUGGGGAAUUACAUUACAACGACACCAUGAAGCUGUUCAUAGACUACUCAAAGCCACAAAUUCGCCGUCUCCUAGAAACAUUCACGAACUCGGCUGCUCGGGUCGGAAAGCUUUGUGAGAUGAAUAGCUUAGGGAAGGAUGAUGGAGCUAUCGAGAAGGCGGCGGAGUCAAUGAGUGAAACGCUUGAGAACAUUAGGAAUAGGAUUCAGAAGUUCAGGGAUUUGCUUGAGACGUUGGAGAAGGGGAAGUCGGUGCAUGAAUUGGCAACGGGCGAGAAGGAUCCUUUUCUGAAGAAGAUGAGUGACGCGGUGGAGGGUUUGAGUGGUGCAUUGAAUGAGCUUCUGAAAGUUGAGAAGUGA